AGGAAGGCGCCGCCGCGCCCCCCGCGCCCCGCGCUGCCGCUGCCCCUCCUCGCCUAUCUGUUGGCGCUGGCGGCGCCCGCCCGGGGCACGGGUGAACCGGUGUGGCGAUCGGAGCAAGCCAUCGGAGCCAUCGCGGCGAGCCGGGCGGACGGCGUGUUCGUGGCGAGCGGCAGCUGCCUGGACCAGCUGGACUACAGCCUGAAACACAGGCUCUCGCGCCUGUACCGGGACCGAGAGGGCAACUGCACGGAGCCCGUGUCGCUGGCGCCCCCCGCGCGGCCCCGGCCGGGGAGCAGCUUCAGCAAGCUGCUGCUGCCCUACCGCGAGGGGGCGGCCGGCCUCGAGGGGCUGCUGCUCACCGGUUGGACCUUCGAUCGGGGCGCCUGCGAGGUGCGGCCCCUGGGCAAUCUCAGCCGCGGGUCCCUGCGCAAUGGCACCGAGGUGGUGUCGUGUCACCCGCAGGGCUCGACGGCCGGCGUGGUGUACCGGGCCGGCCACUUGAACCAGUGGUACCUGGCGGUGGCCGCCACCUACGUGCUGCCCGAGCCCGAGACGGCCCACCGCUGCAACCCCGCCGCCUCGGAUCGCAGCACGGCCAUCGCGCUCAAGAACACCGAGUCGCGCAGCCUGCCCACGCAGGAGCUGGGCCGCCUGAACCUGCGCGACGGGGCGGGCAGCCUGCACUUCGUGGACGCCUUUCUCUGGAACGGCAGCGUCUACUUCCCCUACUACCCCUACAACUACACGAGCGGCGCCGCCACCGGCUGGCCCAGCAUGGCGCGCAUCGCGCAGAGCGCCGAGGUGCUGUUCCAGGGCCAGGCGGCCCUCGACUGCGGCCACGGCCACCCCGACGGCCGCCGCCUGCUCCUCUCCUCCAGCCUGGUGGAGGCCCUGGACAUCUGGGCCGGCGUUUUCAGCGCGGCCACCGGAGAGGGCCAGGAGAGGCGCUCCCCCGCCACCACGGCGCUCUGCCUCUUCCGGAUGAGUGAGAUCCAGGCGAGCGCCAAGAGCUGCAACUGGGACUUCGAGACCACCCAGCCCAACUGCAAAGAAGGGGAGCAACCUGAAAGAGUGCAGCCAAUUGCAACGUCUACCUUGAUCCAUUCUGACCUGACAUCCGUUUAUGGCACCGUGGUAAUGAACAAGACUGUUUUCUUCUUGGGGACAGGAGAUGGCCAGUUACUUAAGGUUAUUCUUGGUGAGAAUUUGACUUCAAAUUGUCCAGAGGUGAUCUAUGAAAUUAAAGAAGAAACACCUGUGUUCUACAAACUUGUUCCUGAUCCCGUGAAGGACACAUACAUCUAUCUAACUGCUGGGAAAGAGGUGAGGAGAAUUCAUGUGGCAAACUGCAGUAAGCACAAAUCCUGCUCGGAGUGUAUAGCAGCAGCAGACCCUCACUGUGGCUGGUGCCUCUCCCUACAAAGAUGCACUUUUAGAGGAGAUUGUGGACAAGCAGGGAACUUACACACCUGGCUGGAUAUUUCAUCUGGAGCAAAGACAUGUCCUCAUAUUCAGAUAAUUCGAAGCAGCAGAGAUAAGUCCACGGUGACCAUAGCAGGAAGCUUCUCUCCAAGACACUCAGAGUGUGUGGUGAGGAACGUGGAUACCAGCAAGGUGCUCUGCCAGGGCAAAAGUCAGCAGAACCGGACCUGUACCUGCAGUAUCCCGACCAGACCAAGCUAUAAUGUCUUCGUUGUCCAUGUGAUGUUCUCUUUCCCUUCUUGGAAUUUAUCGGAAAGAUUCAACUUUACCAAUUGUGCAUCAUUAAGAGAAUGCUCAGCGUGCAUGAGACUUGGCUGUGCUUGGUGUAAACGCGAAAGAAAAUGUAUCCACCCCUUCACUGCAUGUGAUCCAUCUGAUUAUGAGAGGAGCCAGGAACUCUGUCAAGUUGUGGAGAAAUCACCCAAGACCCCAGGAGGAGGAAGGUUCAAGGACAGUAAGAGCAACAGAACCAACCAGGUCUUCUACAUUAAGACCAUUGAGCCACAGAAAAUAUCGACCUUAGGGAAAAGUAACGUGAUAGUUACAGGAGCAAACUUUACCCGGGCAUCAAACAUCACCAUGAUCCUGAAAGGAACCAGUACUUGUGAUAAGGAUGUGAUACAGGUCAGCCAUGUGCUAAAUGACACCCAUAUGAAAUUCUCUCUUCCAUCAAGCCGGAAAGAAAUGAAGGACGUGUGUAUCCAGUUUGACGAUGGGGACUGCGCCUCUGCUGGAGCGUUAACCUACAUUGCGCUGCCGCACUGCUCCCUCACAGUUCCUGCCACCACCUGGAUCAGUGGUGGGCAAAAUAUAACAAUCAUGGGCAGAAAUUUCGAUGUAAUUGAUAACUUAAUCAUUUCACACGAGUUAAAAGGAAACAUAAAUGUCUCUGAAUACUGUAUAUCAACUUUCUGCGGGUUUUUAGCCCCCAAUUUAAAGAGUUCCAAAGCACGCACAAAUGUUGCUGUGAAGCUAAGAGUUCAAGAUACCUACCUAGACUGCGGAACGCUGAAAUAUCUCGAGGACCCCAGGUUUACAGGGUAUCGAGUAGAAUCCGAGGUUGACUCAGAACUGGAAGUGAAAAUCCAAAAAGAAAAUGACAACUUCAACAUUUCCAAGAAAGACAUCGAAAUUACUCUCUUCCAUGGGGAAAAUAAGCAAUUAAAUUGCAGUUUUGAAAAUAUUACUCGAAACCAAGAUCUCACUACUAUUCUUUGCAAAAUUAAAGGCAUCAGGAAUGCAAACAGUAUCGCCACCUCUUCCAAGAAAGUUAGAGUCAAACUGGGAAACUUGGAGCUCUAUGUUGAACAGGAGUCCGUUCCUUCCACGUGGUACUUUCUGAUCGUGCUUCCGGUCUUGCUGGUGGUUGUCAUUUUUGCUGCUGUCGGGGUGACCAGGCACAAAUCAAAGGAACUAAGCCGCAAACAGAGUCAACAGCUAGAGCUCUUGGAGAGUGAACUUCGGAAGGAGAUACGCGAUGGCUUUGCUGAGCUUCAGAUGGAUAAAUUGGAUGUGGUUGAUAGUUUUGGAACUGUUCCUUUCCUUGACUAUAAACAUUUUGCUCUGAGAACUUUCUUCCCUGAGUCAGGUGGCUUCACACACAUCUUCACUGAAGAUAUGCAUAACAGAGAUGCCAAUGGCAAGAAUGAAAGCCUCACCGCUCUGGAUGCCUUGAUCUGCAAUAAAAGUUUCCUGGUUACUGUCAUCCAUACUCUAGAAAAGCAGAAAAACUUCUCAGUAAAGGACAGGUGUCUGUUUGCUUCCUUCUUAACCAUUGCUCUACAAACCAAGCUGGUCUACCUGACCAGCAUCUUGGAGGUGCUGACCAGGGACCUGAUGGAACAAUCUAGCAACAUGCAGCCUAAACUCAUGCUAAGGCGCACAGAGUCUGUGGUGGAAAAACUACUCACAAACUGGAUGUCUGUCUGCUUGUCUGGUUUUCUUCGGGAGACUGUUGGAGAACCAUUCUACUUGUUGGUGACGACCCUGAACCAGAAAAUAAACAAGGGUCCAGUGGACGUCAUCACAUGCAAAGCGCUGUACACUCUCAACGAAGACUGGCUGCUGUGGCAGGUUCCCGAAUUCAGUACCGUGGCAUUAAAUGUCGUCUUUGAAAAAAUCCCAGAAAACGAGAGUGCAGAUGUCUGCCGGAAUAUUUCAGUCAACGUUCUUGACUGUGACACCAUAGGCCAAGCCAAAGAAAAGAUUUUCCAAGCAUUCUUAAGCAAAAACGGCUCUCCUUACGGACUUCAGCUGAGUGAAAUUGGUCUUGAACUACAAGUGGGGACACGACAGAAAGAACUUCUCGAUAUCGACAGCUCCUCUGUGAUUCUGGAAGAUGGAAUAACCAAGCUCAAUACCAUUGGCCACUACGAGAUAUCAAAUGGCUCCACUAUAAAAGUCUUUAAGAAGAUAGCAAAUUUUACUUCAGAUGUGGAAUAUUCGGAUGACCACUGCCAUUUGAUUUUACCAGAUUCAGAAGCAUUCCAAGAUGUGCAAGGAAAGAGACAUCGGGGGAAGCACAAGUUCAAAGUAAAAGAAAUGUAUCUGACAAAGCUGCUGUCGACCAAGGUGGCAAUUCACUCUGUGCUUGAAAAGCUUUUCAGAAGCAUUUGGAGUUUACCCAACAGCAGAGCUCCAUUUGCAAUAAAAUAUUUUUUUGACUUUUUGGAUGCCCAAGCUGAAAAUAAAAAAAUCACAGAUCCUGAUGUGGUACAUAUUUGGAAAACAAACAGCCUUCCUCUUCGCUUCUGGGUAAACAUCCUAAAGAACCCUCAGUUCGUCUUUGACAUCAAGAAGACACCACAUAUAGAUGGCUGUUUGUCGGUGAUUGCCCAGGCCUUCAUGGAUGCCUUUUCUCUCACAGAGCAGCAACUAGGGAAGGAAGCACCAACAAAUAAACUUCUCUAUGCCAAGGAUAUACCAACCUACAAAGAGGAAGUAAAAUCUUAUUACAAAGCAAUCAGGGACCUGCCUCCAUUGUCAUCUUUAGAAAUGGAAGAAUUCUUAACUCAGGAAUCUAAGAAACAUGAAAAUGAAUUUAAUGAAGAAGUGGCCUUGACAGAAAUCUACAAAUACAUCGUAAAAUAUUUUGAUGAGAUUCUAAAUAAACUAGAAAGAGAACGAGGGCUGGAAGAAGCUCAGAAACAACUCUUGCAUGUAAAAGUCUUAUUUGAUGAAAAGAAGAAAUGCAAGUGGAUGUAAGUACUCUGGGGCCUGGUUUAAUCUGGCAAAAGUUCUUCAGACGACUUGGGAGCAAAAUGGCUGCUAGAGCUACUCUGUGUCGUUAAUUUUUAAGUUUGCACAUAGGUUCCACUUUGAGCACUGUCUUUUAGGAGACUGAGGCCCAUGCACAGCUUUUAGAAAGCUCUGGACCAUUGUGCCUGUGAGUAUGCCUUGGAACCCUUCUGUAAAUAGAGCUGAAGUGCUUGUUGGAAGCAGCCUCCUUGUUUACAGAGAACACAGGGCCAGUAAGCAAGUGUCAGUAUUGUUAACUACAGUCUCCACUUAAGCACAAUGAUAUCUAAGUGGUUUUGUUGGAAAACUACAUCUAUGUAGCACUUGUGACUACACUGCACCUCUGCAGAAAAGGGAUAUUGCCAAUACUCAAAACAAAAAUGUGAAAUGAGUCAUUUGGAAACAAGGUGGGGUGUUAGGGCAACCUCCAGGAUCUGCAGCAUCGAAACUUUCCCGAGUAGUUCUUGGAAAAAGGUGACCGCAAAAUUUGGUAGUGUGUACACUUAGCAUUCGUGAGUGUGUGUGUGUGUUUAAACCAAAAACUAACAGUGUUGCAACAUUGUUGAAAGGGCUUGUGUUUUAUCGGUGGUCGCCAAAUGCACUCAUGGAACUCACCUCCACAUAUUCCAUCAAGGAGCUCUAAAGCAAGGAGAGUGAGUGGACUUUGUUAAAAUGCAACAGCGUUUUACCCAGAUACUUUGUCCUGAUGUGUGUUCCUUGAUUUUUCAUUCAAAAUGUGUUUGAUAGUGGACACGUUGGGUAUUGUAAAGAGAAAAAAAAUCAUUUUCUGUUCAAAAGUUGAUCAGAACUCUGUGGAAGUGUAAUUCUACAUUUCUAUACUAGUGUCUCCUUGCUUUAGAUUUCUGGUGAACCCUGUGGUAUAAAUAAUUGUGUGUGAUUUUAAAAAAAAGAUACAUUUUACAUUUCAUCAGAUUGUUGUUCACACUGGAGUAUUAUAUAUAAAUAUAUAUAUUUGAGGCCCAAGGCCUGAAAAAUAUUAGUAUACAACUUGGUAUCUUAGUCUUACUAUGUACUUUUUGAAAGUAUUCCUUACAGGAGAAAGAAUUUAAAAUGCUCAUUUUAUUCAUGCCUUUCUUUCUAAAGAAGUCCCUAUCGUUAUACUGUAGGUCUUUUUAUUGCUGAUUUUUUAUUCCUGAAUUUUUGCUGCUCACGACCAAUUUUAAUACCACUGUGUUUUCCUUCUAUUAAACCAGAAGACAUAAAAAGUGUAAUUGGCAACUCUCCGGCUUUCCUUGUGUCAGGCACCUUUUACCCUUGGUGCUGUAAAUCCCCUACAUUUUUUCAAGAAAGAAAACAUUAUUCACGCAUUCCUUGAAACCAUUUACCAACACUGUAUGGAACAUCGGGAUUGAAAUGUGAACUUGUCUUAGGCAAAUGCAAUUCUUUUUUGCUCCUUAAUAUCUGUUCAGGUGUGAGAGGCACCUUCCCAACCCUAUCGCCUUUGUCUGUGCAAUGGACACAUCUCAAAAAUACUACCAAAUAGGUUACUUUGAAGUUUAAAGGUUAGAGGUCUGGUCCCCUUCUAAAGCUGCUACAGUUUUCAAAAGGGUGAAGGCGUUCAUGAGAGAACAAUUGUAGGAGAGUUGAGAGCCAAGGGUAGGAGAGUUGCCCAAAAGACUUCCCCUUCCCCAGGGUACAGAAAAAUUCAAAGGGUCAGCUACAGCUUUAUCUAAGCAUUUGCUAAAUGAGACAUGAGGGUGUCCCUGUCUGGUUCUCUGCCACAUGAGUGCUGUGUGGAGAGUUACCUCCUCUUUGGGGACUGUACUGUUAGGAACUUUGGGCAAGUCACUUACCUCUUUGUGCCUCAAUUUCUGUAUAUUUCUAACCUACCUCACUGAGGGGGUAUGAAGAUUCACUAAUGUAUGUAGCGUGUUUGUCAAUCCUCCAGUGAAAAGCACUAUCUAGAUCACAUUUUGGAUCACAUUAGCCAAAAGCAGUAAAUGGCCAAAUUAGAUGUGUGCUGAAGACAAUCAGUCACUGGGUCUAUACUAAACAACAAGUAGAGAAACAAAUGGCAAACAAUAUCUAUUUUCAAGUUUCUUUGCAUAUUUUUUGGUGCAAAACAAUUCAUUUAUAAACUUUUUUUCUAACACUAGCGUCUACAGCAGCAUUUUAAAAUUAGUUCUGUUACCUUUUCUGUAUUAGGAUUGAAAGUCUAUUUCUUAUUGUAUACCUGAUUGAAGCUGUUCUUGGAGAUGAAUGUUUUAAAUGUCUAUAAUCCAAAAAUAAACAUUUUGAUGUA